UGUACCCUCCAUUUGGACGUCUCUAAGUCAGAAUCUCCUGUCCCCACUAAAAGCAUCAUGACUUGUGGAUCCUACUGUGGUGGCCGAGCUUUCAGCUGCGCCUCGGCCUGCGGGCCCCGGCCAGGCCGCUGCUGCAUCACCGCCGCCCCCUACCGCGGCAUCUCCUGCUACCGCGGCCUCACAGGAGGAUUCGGCAGCCACAGCGUCUGCGGGGGCUUCCGCUCUGGCUCCUAUGGACGCAGCUUCGGCUACCGCUCCGGAGGCGUGUGCGGCCCCAGCCCGCCCUGCAUCACCAGCGUGUCUAUCAACGAGAGCCUCCUGACACCCCUCAACCUGGACAUCGACCCCAACUCCCAGAGCAGGCCUUGGGGCAGCAGGCACUCUUUGACCUGUCCUUCCCACUGCCCGUCUGUGCAGGUGCGCUUCCUGGAGCAGCAGAACAAGCUGCUGGAGACCAAGUUGCAGUUUUACCAGAACCGCGAGUGCUGCCAGAGCAACCUGGAGCCGCUGUUUGAGGGCUACAUCCAGACGCUGAGGCGGGAGGCUGAAUGUGUAGAGGCUGACAGUGGGAGGUUGGCUGCUGAGCUCAACCACGCACAGGAGGUGUUGGAAGGCUACAAGAAGAGGUACGAGGAGGAAGUUUCUCUGAGAGCCACAGCUGAGAAUGAGUUUGUGACUCUGAAGAAGGAUGUGGACUGCGCUUACCUGCGCAGGUCAGACCUGGAAGCCAACUCAGAGGCGCUGCUGCAGGAGAUCGACUUCCUGAGGCGACUGUACGAGGAGGAGAUCCGCGUUCUCCAGUCCCAUAUCUCAGACACCUCGGUCAUCGUCAAGAUGGACAACAGCCGGGACCUGAACAUGGACUGCGUUGUGGCUGAGAUCAAGGCUCAGUAUGAUGACAUUGCUACCCGCAGCCGAGCGGAGGCUGAGUCUUGGUACCGCACCAGGUGUGAGGAGAUCAAGGCCACAGUGAUCCGCCAUGGGGAGACCCUGCGCCGCACCAGGGAGGAGAUCAACGAGCUGAACCGCAUCAUCCAGAGGCUGACAGCCGAGAUUGAGAAUGCCAAGUGCCAGAACACCAAGCUGGAGACAGCGGUGACUCAAUCUGAGCAGCAGGGUGAGGCAACUCUCAACGAUGCCAAGUGCAAGCUGGCCGGGCUGGAGGAAGCCCUGCAGAAGGCCAAGCAGGACAUGGCCUGCCUGCUGAAGGAGUACCAGGAGGUGAUGAACUCCAAGCUGGGCCUGGACAUCGAGAUCGCCACCUACAGGCGCCUGCUAGAGGGCGAGGAGCAGAGGCUGUGUGAGGGCGUUGGCGCCGUCAAUGUGUGUGUCAGCAGCUCCCGCGGUGGCGUCGUCUGUGGCGAUCUCUGUGCCUCCGGUACUUCUCCUGCUGUCAACACCAGAGUCUGCAGCGCACCCUGCAGCGGCAACGUGGUGGUAGGCACCCCCAACGCCUGUGCCCCCUGUGCUGGGGUCAGUGCCUGCAGCGGUGGCUGUAAGAAGUGCUAGGAGGCUUCAGCUGCCGCAAGCAACAGACCCUCACUACCACCCUCCACCCAGCCAGGACCUCACACCGCUACCACCAGUCUCCCCCAUGCAGUUCCCCCACGUGCACACCUGCAAACCCUUCCUGCCUGCUUGCUUCUGAGUGCCAAGCACGGGCAGGGUGUGCCUGGGUCUCUUUCUGUAGCCUUUCCUACUAAUAGGCUUUCCUAGUAUCAGUUUGUUCUUCUGAGGAGCCAUCCUUUCCUUCUGCCUGGGUUUUGCUGGAUUCAUUGGUCUGUCUGACCCUUUCUCCCAAACUUGAAGGCAUAAGACAGGCCCCAGCAUCUGCCCACCAACACUUCAGGGAGCCUGGGAAUGGAGAUGGGGAACCUGAACUCCUGCUGGUUUCCUUUAACUACGGGAGGGAUCUGUCCCAGGGAGGGAGGGCACCUUCCUUCCAAGGUUGCCUGCAGAAGCUUCUAAAGAGCCGAUGACUCAGCUGCCUGCGUGUUUGUCUUUGUUUCACUCCGUAUUUCCAAUAAACUCAUUGC